UGGGAAGCUAAAGAAGUAUAAUGACUUUCAGCCUUGGGUAAAAGGCAUUAUUAACCAUGUAUACUGGUGCGCAGUGUCAAGCGAAGGCAGACCGGAUUUAAUUUUGCCAAAGUGGUGUUCGCUGGCACGUCAUAUUGCUGAUGUGCACUGCCACGAUGACCCCCUGUAUGAAAAGUGCCAACAUGAUCAGCAGUCAAAAAAGAAAUGGCUCAUAGAAGGUACUACUGUCUGCAUGCUUUUGUUACAGAAAAUAUUAUUACUAAGUUUAUUUCGCAAAUUACCACAGGCUCUCGAGCACACGAAAAGAUAAAGAGCAUUAUCCUCAACAAGGCUCUCUUGAAGGACAUACCAAAGUUGUCUACAUCAGUACAGACAUUUGCAGUUGAGGCAUACCACAGCACCAUAAUCCGGUUUGCUCCUAAAGCAACACAUUUCCACUACCAAAGCAUGGUUGCAAGGACUCGCCUUGCAGCGCUGCACUACAAUGAAAAUAGUGCACGUGAACACGCCACUACCAAAGGCCAGCACAGGUACCUGGUGAAGUAUCCAAAGUCCACGAAAGUGCCUGUUGCUGCACCUAUUAAGAAGGCUUGCACCUAUGAUUAUGUCAAACAACUCAUGGACUGCACAGUUGAGCUGUGCAUGGCGACGAGCUCCUUCAAGGAAGCCCUGCGACAGGCUAGCACUACAGUGCCACCGACGCUGUCUAGCAACUUUGAGCCUGUUGACAAGGACGCCCUUGUUUCCGCACGAAGAGAACGAUUUAAUCAUGGCAUGUAAUCAAGCCGUGGUGCUAGUGCAACCAGCGUGAAGUUAUGAAGUAAAUGGUCUCAAUUCACAAUCAGUUCAAAGACAAUUUCACAUCUGUG